AUGGCCAGCAGCUCCGACAAUGUCCGCGACGCGGAACUGGCUAUCGACGCAGCCAGCACUCACGACACCAAAAACAACAACAACAGCAACAGCAACAGCAACAGCAAAGCCAAUUCCACCCAUGUCGACGAUGUGAACGAACUCGGUCCGGCCGAAGAGGAGGUCGUGGUGGCCAACAGCGCCCGACCAAACGCGCAAAAAGAAGCGCCCAUGUCGGUAGCCAGAAUGUCCGACGAGGAGCGAGCGGCUGCUGAAAAGGCCCUGGUGCGGAAAAUUGAUUUGCGCCUGUUGCCUAUGCUGGUGAUUAUGUAUAUUCUGAAUUAUCUUGACCGGAAUAAUAUCGCUGCUGCCCGGCUGGCUGGAUUGGAGGAUGAUUUGAAAUUGGUUGGCGAUCAGUACCAGACCUCUGUUAGUAUCUUGUUCGUCGGUUAUCUGUUGAUGCAGAUCCCGUCCAAUUUGUUCCUCAACAAAAUGGGCAAACCGGCCAUCUACCUGCCAGCUGCCAUGUCGAUAUGGGGCGUUAUUUCCACCGCCACUGCUGCCGUCCAGUCGUAUGGCGGUCUUGUUACUGUCCGGUUCUUUCUCGGUUUUGUCGAGGCUGCUUACUUUCCUGGGUGUCUUUAUUUCCUCUCCGCGUGGUAUACCCGCAAAGAACUCGGCUUGCGGACUGCCAUGCUCUACUCUGGCUCCCUCAUCUCGGGUGCUUUCUCCGGCCUCGUCGCGGCUGGAAUUACCGGGAACAUGGACUACGCCCGCGGUCUUCGCGCAUGGAGAUGGCUGUUCAUCAUUGAAGGCGCCAUCACCAUCGUCGUCGCCAUCAUUUCUGCAUUCAUCCUGCCCAAUUUCCCGCGAACCACGAGCUGGCUUACUGAAGAGGAAAAGGAACUUGCUGCCUGGCGCUUGGAGGAGGAUAUUGGCGAGGAUGAUUGGGUUGACAGCGAGCAGCAGUCAUUCCUGCACGGGGUGAAGCUCGCGCUUGCCGACAUAAAAACAUGGAUUCUGAUGAUCAUGAUCUUCUGCAUGGUCUCCUCUGGCUCCGUGACAAACUUCUUCCCCACCGUCGUCCAGACCCUCAACUACGGCAAAAUCCAAACCCUCCUCCUGACCGCGCCGCCCUACGUGCUCGCCAUGAUCACCGCGUUCGCCAACGCCUGGCACGCCGACCGCACGGGCGAACGCUACUUCCACAUUACUCUACCCUUGUAUAUCGCCGUGGUGGCCUUUGUCAUUGGCGCCGCGACCACCUCCACCGGACCACGCUAUCUGAGCAUGAUGCUCAUGGUUCCUGGUAUCUACACGGGUUAUGUUGUCGCGCUCGGCUGGAUCUCGAAUAUCCUGCCGCGUCCGCCUGCAAAGCGAGCAGCGGCGCUGGCGUUUAUCAAUGCCGUGAGUAAUGCUAGUAGUAUCUAUGCUAGUUAUAUGUACCCCAGCUCUGCUGGUCCACGCUACGUCGUCGCCAUGACGGUCAACUGCGUCACCGCCUUCAUCGCCAUCGUCUCCGCGACCGUGCUGCGUUUUAUCCUCGUGCGGCUCAACAAGAAACUCGACCGCGGCGAGUCUGUGCAUGGCGCUGUCGUUGGUGUGCCUGGCCAGGCUGGUGCGCGCGGGUUCAGGUUUUUGGUUUGA